GCCCUCUCCAUCCCACACAUCCUGUGCACACGACCACGUCGCAAGGGCCGCCCAGGCCGUACAGCCAUUCACGAUGAUUCAGCUCAAGACCAUGCUGAAUGUCAUUGACAACUCGGGCGCCGCGGUCGCCGAGUGUGUCAAGGUGCUCAAGAUGAAGCGAGACGCACGCAUAGGCGACCGCAUCAUCGUCGUCGUGCAACGACAGCGCAACUUUGGCCCCGAGUCCGGCGGCGGUGGCUCCGUAUCAGUGUCGGCGGCGAACAAGGUUCGGCGGGGUGACAUCCGACACGCGGUGGUGGUGCGCACAAAGAAGCCCUAUCAGCGGCGGGAUGGGAGCCAGGUGCGGUUCGACGACAAUGCGUGCGUGCUCAUCAACAAGGGCGGGGAGCCCAUCGGCUCGCGCAUGAACGGCGUGGUGGGCAAGGAGUUGCGGGACAAGAAGUGGAGCAAGAUCUUAAGUCUGGCGCCGAUGCAUGUAUGACGCGAGGGGGAGAAGAGACGAGCACAGCGAAGGCGUUUGGAAAGAUUGGGGGAAACAUCUCGCUUCAUUGAAAUGGGUAUUCAAAAGCAACCA